CGUUAUUAAUUUUAUCGUCAGUAGCUAUAUGUAUACAAUAGUUCCCAAAUCGAAAAUGGAUGUAUUGGCGCUAGUGUACGGGCGAUUUUAUUUAUUUUUCAAUUUAAGUGAGGUUAUGUUGUCCUCAAUCAUCCUGUUCUAGUGGUAAACACAACUGAUAUUGGUAAAAAUACUUUAUUUUUGUGAUUGCGUUUCCGAGUUAGAAUCAACAUUAAAUUGACGAAGUUAAUCUCUGUGAGAUGGCCGAAACCCCUUUGAGUUUGGGUGAGAAGACAUUUAUUAUUCACGGGAUUGAUCUUGAUCUCAGAAAUGACGGUCGAUCCAGGUAUCAGUAUCGUCCUAUCGAGAUCGAAACUAAGCUGAUGAAGCAUACCCAUGGGUCAGCGAGAUUACGUAUAGGCAAUAUUACAGAUGUAUUAGUUGGCGUAAAACUUGAAAUUGACACACCGUAUGCUGAACGACCAGAGGAAGGCAAAUUGGAAUUUUUCGUAGACUGUUCUGCUAAUGCUACACCGGCAUUCGAAGGCAAAGGUGGAGACGAUUUGGCGACUGAAAUUAGCAAUGUCCUUUCCAUGGCCUAUCAGACACCAGACGCCUUUGAUUUAAAGCAGCUGUGUAUAAUACCUCAUCAGAAAUGUUGGAAAAUAUAUGUGGACAUUUUGAUUCUUCAAUGCGGUGGAAAUCUAUUCGACGCUGUUGGUGCUGCGGUGAAGGCGGCGUUGUACAAUACUGAAAUUCCAAGGGUGAUCAUAGCCAUACUCGACGGUGGCGAACCAGAUAUUCAGAUAUCAGACGAUCCUUACGACUGUAUUAAACUAGAUGUCACAAAUUAUCCAGUGGUAUUAACAGUAUGCAAGAUUGGUGACAACUUCGUGAUAGAUCCAACGUCGGAAGAAGAAUCUUGCAGUACCGCUAGUAUCCUUAUGUCCGUGAUGCCGAACGGCAAGGUGACGUCUGUAGUCAAGCUGGGAUACGGCAGCUUGUUGCCUAGUACCUUGAUUAAGAUGUUGCAGGUGACAACAGUUUUUAUAUGUCUUAAUUAUUAUAUAUUAUGGUUAAAGGCGAAUUUUGUCAAAUUUGUUUUUGACUCUGGAUUUUCAGGUUGGAAAGGAUAUCAGUUUCAAACUAAACGAAGCUCUUAUGAAAGGACUGGAAGAGGAAAACAAGCUCGGCCAAACGAAGCCCAUAUUUGGAUUUCUCAGAUAACAUUGCGCGAUACAUUGUUAUGGAUUUUAAAAGAUACAAAUAUAUCUUUUUUUAAUUCUUAGUUUUGUGGACUCGUUAGACUGUGCAGUAUUCCUUGCUAUUUGAUGUUGUAACUGUUAACGUUACGACGCGACGUUUCUCAAACUCUAACAGAGCAUUUUUGAUACUUGUAAAAUUUGAAGAUUGCAUAAGAAUAAGAUUGUAAAUGAAAUAUCAAUAGUAUAGUUUCAAUAUAGUCAAAGCAUUUGACUAUAGUAUAACAAUAUUUAAUUUAAUUGUGUAAAUUUUGUGGGUGUGUGUGUGGCUGUGUGUGUGUGUGUGUG